GAGCUUGCUUCGCUGGGCGUCAACGAAUUCUGUGAGGGUGGGGAAGCAGGGCUUUCUCGUCACUCGACGUGGAACCUCAGGUUGAAGGAGAAAGGAAUGGCAAGCUCAGAGAAGGCUUGUCUGAUGAGCCAGACUGCUGGAGAACGGGAAGUGGGCAAGAAGCCAGACCAGAGAAUCCCCAUCUGUGACGAAAGUAUCCGAGGUGCAUCCCUUGGGAAUGAAAAAAAGGAUCUUGUGUACCAGGUAAAAGAAAACCAACCGCUUCCCAUCCAGUCCCAGCCAGGGGUGUACUGGGCUUGCCCAGAUGGCACCUUUGUCAAGCUGAUCCUAAAGGCUGGGACAGGUUUAGAUAAACCAAAGGAAGGGUCCAUCUGCCAAGUCUUCAUUGAGGCCCAUCAUGAAGGGCCCUUGAGCUACCCAUCCUGCAGGUGGUCUGAAGUAGAGCUGGGUGGGGGUGACGCCGAAUGGGACGGUGUGGUGGACCGUGGUUUGGAAACCAUGCUGGCAGGGGAGCAGGCUGAACUGAGGUUGACAGCCGGCGGCACCAUCACUGUCCAGUUGGCAAGCUUCACGGAAGCCAAAGACUCUUGGGAGAUGAGCGCAAGUGAGAAGUGGGACUUGGUCCUCAGCAAUAAAGAGCGCGGCGGUGAGCUGUACAGGGCGGGAGCCAUUGAGGCAGCUGCCAGGCGCUACGCUAGGGCCUUGCGCCUGCUCGUUGUGGCUGCUCCUCCCCCGGAUUAUGACCAGAUCAAGGCGGAGCUUCACACCAACUUGGCCGCCUGUCAGCUACGGUUGCACCAGCCGGCCAACGCCGCUCAAAACUGUUCCAAGACUCUUGUGCUCCAACCGGCCAACCCCAAGGCCUUGUUUCGCCGGGGCUUGGCCUACGAUGCGAUGAAUGACCUGGAGGGGGCAGCGCAAGACCUAAAGGGCGUUUUGCGAGUUGAGCCAGGAAACCGAGCAGCUCGCCGGGAAUUAGAAAGGGUUACUGAGCGGAUCCGGGCACGGGAUGCUAGAUUGGCUCAGGCCAUGCAGAAAAUGUUUGCUUGAAUAAAAUCAUU